UUUCACUUCCGGGAAAAUUGUUUACAAUAUGGCGACGAAAUAGAUAAAUUAUUCAAAAAGGGAAAUUUCUAAUUGAUUUUCGGCUACUGAGCCUUGACAACAUUUACUACUUAUAUUUUCCACUAGGUCGUUUAUUUCAAUUUGAUCACACAAGGUAAACCAUGCCUCCGAAAAAGAAAAAGAGUGGAAAGAAGAAGAAAAGCGGGAAGAAGUCUGCGAGAGGAUCCCCAACUAAACUGGGACCCGAUAUCAAUGAACUGUCAAAAGAAUAUUAUCUUGUUCAGAUACGUGAUCUUGAAAAUAGGCUUGCUAGAUACCAAAAGAAGUGUGAUGAACUCGAGGUUGCCAAUGGACAGUUUCAGGACAAGUUUGAACAGAUGGCGACAGACAAGAAGGAGAUUGUUGCCUUCUGGAAGAAACAAGUUGAACAGAGAACUGAUGACAUAGCUGACCUCAAUGAUCGCCUCAUAGGACUGCAGCAAGCCAAAGAUGCUGAGAAAGAACAGUACGAGGCUGAGCUACAGAAACUGAGGAAUGAGUUCCAAGAAACAAAGGACCAGCUCACCUCAGAAAACAUGAUCCUCAAUGGAAAGCUGGCAUCUCUGGAAGAGUUUAAGGUACAGAAGGAGGAUCUGAUGAACAAAUUUGCUAUGAUGGAAGCUGAGCUGGCACAGAAAGAACAGGAACAUAAAGAUGAAAUUUACAGACUGGAGAGAAAACAAGUCAUUGAUAAAGAUAUGCUAAAGAAAGAAAUGGUGAACAGAGUAAAUCAGGUAGCCUCAGAGUUCAGGAAAGUUUCUAACAAACAGAUGGCGGAGACAACAAAACGUACAAUCAGAGACAAUGUAUCUAUAACAGCUCAGCUUGACAAAAUGUCUGACAAGACAACAGAACUGAUUGGAGAGAAUGAUGAUCUUAGAAAGAAGAAUAAGGAACAGAGACAAAAAAUUGAGAUGUUAGAAGAAAAUGAGAAAGAAAUACUCAAGAAAAAUCAUAGUAAUCAAAAGAUCAUCAAGAUGUUAACAGAGAAAUGUCGGAAUCAGGAAGCUAUGAUUGAGGAGUUUGAACUACGAGAACAGGAGUACCAGGAAGUCAUGUCAGAGACAGAGAUGCUCCGCUCUCAGACAGAGUCUAUGAGGGAGGAGAUAGAUCAUAUCAAUAAAGAUAAUGACAACCUGGAGUUCGAGCUGAGAACAGAAACGGACAAAGUCACACAGGAAGUCAAGAAUAGAAAGAAACUUGAACGGGUGCUACAGGAUGCAGCUGGGGCACUCAAGCAGGCACUCAGGAAAACCGACCCUGAUGAGGUUGAUGAAAGUGAUAUGAAUGAGGUAGAGCGCCGAGACAAUAUGCUGGAAUAUCUUCUGAUAUUGCUUAACAGUGCCGCAGCCAUUGGGGUCGGCCCUCAGCCUGGGGAAAUAGGGAAACAGUUCACUGUAAGGAAGAAAAGUGCAGGAGAAAUGCCAGGAAAACAGGGGAUCAGAAAAGGAGAGUUACCAGUGGUCUCUGGUCCUGGAACCCUUGCUCACUACCAGCUCGGUGACCUUGGUUUGAUACCAAGACCAAAGCAACCAAUACCCACCAGUAUGGAUAAAAUGAGAGUAUUAUCUGCCACAACAAGACUCGGCGGACUCAGAAAGGUCCUCUGUAGAUCUGUUGGUGUUCAAACAGUCAGUGCUCCCAAGGCAAUGUUCUAUGCUGACCAGUUAUUAAGCCGGGCUCCAGCCUCCACACAAGAAGCUGUUCUUCAUGACCUGCAACCACCUGAGCGAUCCAGAGCAUCACCACUAUUACUAGGACCAAUAACUCCAACUAGAAAAAUGGCAGGAAAAGUCAUGUGAUUGAAAAUUGUAAUUUAGACAUUAAGUAUACAUUAAAAAGCUUUGGUUUGGCAAAAGUGACAUUUUCUGACAUUGGACAAAAGUUUAAUUCAAAAGUACAGAUCAUUAAAUGUGCUGUAAAAAAAUAAAGCACCUUUCUUGAA